CGCUUAGCUGUCGAGUAUCGAAUUUAUCGAAUCGAUAUUUUCGUCGCAGCUGACCGAACAGCUGUUUAGUAGGUGGCGGCAAAAAAAAAAACCGACAAUCAGAAAUAAAAACAAAUAAAAUGCGGCGCCUAUUACAACAUAGACAAUUGUCUAUUGGAGGAGUCUUGAAUAUAACCAGGAGUCUGAGUGGAGCUACGGUCACAGAAUCAAAAUCGAAUCAAUUUAAAAAAAGUGACCGAUUCGGCGCCAACUAUUGCAUGGGCCUUGUGCAGAAAUAUGACUAUGAAAACUAUCUGAGUACAUUGCUGCUGCCGCAGGAGCUACGCCGCACAGCAUUUGCUUUGCGUGCCUUUAAUGUGGAAGUGUCUCGAGCUGUAGGAGGACAUGGACAACUCUCGGAGCCCCAAUUAGCCAAGAUGCGUUUGAAAUUCUGGUACGAUUCGAUUGACAAAUGCUUCGAGUCGGCUUCCCCCUCCAGUGGCUCAUACGUCAAGGAUCAGCCUGUGUUGCGCGAAUUGCAGCAUACACUUGGCAUGCGUAAACUGAACAAAAUCUACUUACGUCGCUUGGUAACUGCCCGCGAGCGUCCACCAAGCCAAGCGUUUGAAUCCUUGAAAGAAUUGGAGGAAUACGCUGAUCAAACCUUCUCGGCCCUACUUCAUCUCAUUGUCGAAGCUAGUGGCGUGCGCGACAUGCAAGUAGAUCAUGCUGCCUCGCAUUUGGGCAAGGCUCAGGGUAUUGCUACCUUAUUGCGAGCCAUUCCAUUGGCUGGACGCCAGCAGCAGAUAUGUGUGCCCCUCGAAGUAUUGGUGCGUCACGGUGUUAGCCAGGAGCGUAUCCUGAGAAGUGCCAGCGACGACAAAGGCGUGGAGGAGUGCAUAUUUGAGGUGGCCAGUGCUGCAAAUACACAUUUAAAGCUGGCCAGACAACUGCAGCCGCAGGUGCCACGCGUUGCACGUAAAAUUUUCCUAACCGCUGUGGCUACCGAUGGUUAUUUGGAGCGCCUUCGACAAGCUAACUUUCUUCUGACGCAUCCUAAAUGCCUGAAACGAGACUCCAUGUUGCCAGCACGUCUCUUUUGGAAAUCCUUGUUCCAUAAGUACUGAACCUGAUAAGGAUGCUUUAAAGAUUAGCUUUAGCCAAAUUCGUUAAAUUAAAUUGAAACUUAUAAAAAGUUAUUUCCAGAUUCUUAUGAUUUAUUAGACAUCUUCCAAUUGGAUGUCCAGUGAGAAAUUGAAAAUGUUUUUAAGCAUCUAAAUCAGCAAUAUCCAUAAAUAUGGAUCUACAUACAUACAAAUAUAUAUAUAUAUGUAUAUUGUA